UAUAAUUUUGAUACAUAUUUUUUAUAUAAAUAUAAAUAAAAAUGAUUUUUAAAAAUAUAAUAAAAAUUUUAUUCUUUUUCAAUUUAAAUUAUUAAAUUCGUAAUAUGACUGGACGCGGAAAAGGUGGCAAGAUAAAGAGCAAGAGCAAAUCCAGAUCUACUCGUGCGGGACUUCAAUUUCCUGUUGGUAGGAUACAUCGAUUAUUGCGAAAGGGCAACUAUGCGAAGAGAGUCGGUGGUGGAGCCCCAGUCUAUCUUGCCGCUGUAAUGGAAUAUCUUGCAGCGGAAGUCUUGGAGCUGGCCGGAAACGCGGCAAGGGACAAUAAGAAAUCGAGGAUAAUUCCAAGACAUUUACAACUCGCCAUACGAAAUGAUGAAGAGCUUAAUAAGUUACUGUGCGGAGUGACGAUCGCGCAAGGCGGUGUUCUUCCAAACAUUCAAUCCAUCCUACUACCUAAGAAAUCCGAAACCUCAGCCUAGAUAUUAAGUGAUCACAAAUACCCAACGGCCCUUUUUAGGGCCACCAUAAAUUUAUUUGAAUGUAAACUAUUUUGUAAAUACUGGUAUACAAUAUAUAAAUAAAAUUAUCAUCUGCUUACUC